AUGACCGGAACAGGAGCUCCAUCUGGAGGAUCUGGCACUGGGUACGGAGGCGCACCGCCGCAUCGAUCAUACGAGGAGCGCGCAGCCGCUCGCGAGCAAAUGAUGAGCAAUAUUAGGGAGACGUCUCAGCAAGAUCGCCGAGUCUAUGUCGGCAACCUUUCCUACGAUGUGAAAUGGCACCAUCUCAAGGACUUCAUGCGACAGGCCGGAGAGGUUCUCUUCGCCGACGUGUUACUACUUCCAAAUGGAAUGUCGAAGGGAUGCGGAAUUGUGGAAUAUGCGACGCGGGACCAAGCCCAGAACGCUGUGGCAACGCUCAGCAACCAGAACCUCAUGGGCCGACUUGUCUAUGUCCGAGAAGAUCGCGAGGCUGAACCUCGGUUCAUCGGUGCUACCGCCAACCGCGGCGGUUUCGGUGGCGGCGGUAUGAACCCCAGUGGUUUCGCUACUGGCGGCGGCGGCGGCAUCGGCGGCUAUAACCCGGGCGGCGGCAGCCGUCAGAUUUACGUUGCCAACCUCCCGUACACUGUAGGCUGGCAAGACCUCAAGGAUCUGUUCAGACAGGCUGCUCGAAAUGGAGUCGUGAUCCGCGCCGAUGUUCACUUAGGACCGGAUGGUCGCCCAAAGGGAUCCGGAAUUGUCGUUUUUGAGAAUCCCGAUGAUGCCCGCAACGCCAUUCAGCAGUUUAAUGGCUACGACUGGCAGGGCCGCUUACUUGAAGUCCGCGAAGACAGAUUUGCCGGCGCUGGAGGCCCUAUGGGCUUCGGAGGCCGAGGCGGCUUUGGCGGCGGUGGCAUGCGAGGCGGUUUUGGAGGCGCUUAUGGUCGCGGCGGCUUCGGCGGUGGCCGUGGAGGUUUUGGCGGCGGUGGAUAUGGUCGAGGAGGCUUCGGUGGUGGCCCCGGCGUUGGUGGCAUUGGUGGUCCUGGCGCCCCCGGUGGCUUCGAUGCCAAUAACGCGCCAUCGGUUCCCCCUAACCCCUUCACUGACUAUGCCACCGCCGGAACCGACCGAAGCGAGACUAUCUACGUGCGAAACCUUCCCUGGUCCACCAGCAACGAGGAUCUCGUGGAACUCUUCACGACUAUCGGCAAGGUCGAGCAGGCAGAGAUUCAAUAUGAGCCUAGCGGUAGAUCGCGCGGAACCGGUGUGGUUCGCUUCGAUUCCGCAGAGACCGCUGAAACCGCAAUCGCCAAGUUUCAGGGUUACCAAUACGGUGGCCGACCCUUGGGUCUCAGCUUUGUCAGAUAUCUGAACGCUGCAGGUGGCGGUGACAUGAUGGAGACGGACGCCCACGCGGGUUUGACACAAGAUCAGAUUAUGUGA